GAUUCUCGGAGUGUUAGAUUCUGCCGAGGCUUACGGCAUGUAUUUCAAUCGAUCGACUAUCGAGCCGCCAAUCUGCAUAUAUUUCAUCCUGCUAUUUCUGAUUUUUCUGUCGGGCAACGUUCAACAGAUCGAAGGUAGAAAAUGCGUAUGCACGAGCAAGGCCUGUAAAGAAGCCGGAGUUGACACGUGCAAGACCAAGUUUUACUGUUACACAGAGUUGAUCUUGACUGGGGACCAAGAAUUCGGAGGAAAUACUACGACAAGAGGAUGCACCGAGGGUGCCACGCCAUUGUUAUGCGAGACAAAGUCCUGGGUCACGAGGUCGAAGUCGAGCGACAACGUGGACCGAUCGUCGGCUGCCUGGAUCCGUAUGCCCUGGCCCAGAUUGAAGUGUUGCGACAGCCACGACUACUGUAACGCCGAUCACCGCAUAAACGUGUCCACGUGGAUCCACGACAAAGAGACGCCCGAUGCUGUGGAACCCACUUUAGGUUACACCGGUUCCUUUAAUGGGAUGUCGUCGGGCCGAGACAUAAUGGGAUCGAUUCAGCCGGAUCCAGGGCCGAUUACCGGAGGUCGAGAAUCGUCGGAUCAAUUCCUUGAGAAUCGCGUUAAACCGCUGCACGUUGCUGCGCUGGUCUUAGCGAUCGCUGCCCUGAUAUCGGUCCUAGCAGCCUGCUACGUUAUUACAAGAUUCUUGAAAACGAAUCCAUACACCGUUGGCAGUGUGGAAUAACGAAGAUCCUUACUUGUAAUCUUUAAGCCUCGAAACUUUCCAACAAUUAUCACCAUCUUCUUUUAUCGGAUUAAAGAAAUCAGGGCGAUGGAUCACGGUGGCGUCGAACGGAUGCGUGGAAACGUGGGAUAUCGUGCGGUUUGAAGAGUCAUCGAAGGAAGGCAUGACGAAGCUCGACGAGGGACAGUUUUGGGCAAACAACUCGCUGAAAUCUUUUGUUUCCAAGGGUAUGACUAACAUCGGGCUGCGCCUCUUAUUUGAAUUCCGUCCUCCCGGUCUCACGGGUCUAAAACCAGGUGCUUCGCUUGUUUCCGUGUAAUUAGUCAUCCUCGGGACAUGCACGUAGUUGAAAGAGAGAAGCACAUACUUGUGUAAAGCGUUGAAGAAUCGGACAUUUUUAGGAUGGUGGACGAAUUUGGUGAACAUGGUGAACGUUUGUUGUAUGUACGACGUUGACUCUAUGGUAAACGUGACAGUAGACAAGAGCCAGUGUUGGAGCCAGUGUAUACGUCGAACGAUGAUACGAUAAAUUAUUAUGCGUACAAGAAACUGCAUUCCCGUUUUGAUGGAUUUACAUCUUGUUACGAUUGUAAAUAAUUUGUAUAAGAAUAGCGUAAGAUAUUAAGUAUAUUGAGGCGUAAAAAUAGUAGAAUACGUUAGAUCCAGAUUUGCAUAUGUUUUACAUUCUCUUACAUUUUGUAUUCGAUGUAAUAGGCUUUGAUCAUGUGGCAGGAAAUACGGAUAAUAUAAAUCUCAAGGAGAUUAAUCAACAUGCACGUAGAUAUAGAAUGGAUGGAAUGGAAAAAUAACAAGAUCAGUUGUUCGCACCGUUAAA